AUGGUUGAUCUCUCGCUGGAACAAGUGGAACAUGUCUCUCAAGGCAGAUCUAAGUCGGAGAAUGCAGAUUCGAAGCAAGUAGAGACACGAUUCACUCUCUUUCCAGAGCUCCCCAAAGAGAUCAGAUUAGAAAUUUGGGCAUCUGCUAUGCCAGGUCCCAGGCUUGUGUUCAUCAAGCAACAGCGGUUAGUAUCGCAUGUUAAGAACCAGAAGAGGGAACCUGAUUCGGGUCUACCACCAUAUGGUCACGGCGAUGUAGAGCAGGAAAGCACGUCCACUCGUGCUUGGCGUACAUUUCGUUCAGGACUCGGGAGUGAAGAUAGUGUUUCCGAGGAUGAAGAUGCAGAGAUGAUUGGUAUUGCAUGCAAGACACCAGUCCCAUAUGUCUUUCUAGCUUGCAAAGAGUCUUAUAGUGUAGCUGCAAAGCUCUACAAACGCACCUUUGCCCGCACGAAUUCGAAUCCUGAGACAUAUUUCAAUUUCGAGCAAGUUACGUUAUGUUUGGAUGGGGAUGAUUUCUCAAUGAAUGUUAUACGUUUCUUUGGUCCUUUCAACAUGCUUAGGACCAUUCGAGUUGGUUUUUGGCAGGGCUUCAGACAAGAGGAUGAUGAGGAUGUUGGGAAAGUUGAGCGACUCGGCAUUAGAGUCGCGCCAAAUCAGCCGUUCUUUCAUGAAUCUGCUGUUGCGGAUGUCCUUAAGAUUUUCCAUGGAGUCAAAGAACUCUUCUUUAUUUUGGAAAUGCGCAAUGACCAUGAACACAUGGCAGCCUCAGAUUCUUACUUACUUGAUCCCCCGGAGUCCGACAUACUGGCCGAAGCGGAGUUUCAUGGCAUCGAUCCAAAUGAGUUCUAUAUCACAGAUCAAAAACUCAACAUGACGAUGCUGAGAGCGUUGGAGGAGCGUCAUGGGUGCUGGACCCUUCCUUACAUCGCGGGUAAGAUAUUGGGGUCUGGGGCCACCGGCAUCCAGAAGGGGUCAAGUUAA